AUGGAGAGACUGCCAAAUGAGUUAAAACGGCAAAUUUUUCACAGACUUUACCCCGAUUUACUGCUUAAAUUUCUGAAAGUCAACAAAAAACUCCGAUGUUAUGUUUUAAAGAAUGGUCCUUUUGGGAAACGCCUUCACCAAAUCGUCCUCGAUUUCGAACAGGGACAAAUUCAAAUUCCAUUAUUUUCCUCGAAAUCUGAUUAUCUAGAGAAUAUUUGCUUGACAAUUGAUGAUCAAAUCGAUCGCCAUACUGUGAGACUUUUUCAAGAGUCCGUCACUUGCACGGAUUUCCUCACUCAUACUCCUAUUUACAAAAAAGACGAAUUCAACGAGCGGGACGAGAAAUUUCUCCCUUUUUUGAAGAAUAUCAAAAUCAUCGGUCACCUAGAAUGGGACGACCUAUUAAUUGGGUCAAAUCUGAUGCAAAAUCUUCAAUUCACAGUGCUAAAAUCGGCUCGAAUCGACGUUGGCGCCAAUGGGGCAAAGGAAAGAGAUUUCUAUCGGGAUUGGAUUCGAACAAAACUUGAUUUCUGUGAAGCGAUCACUCUUUGGGAUUGUCUCCCAUUGGACACGUUUUCAGGGUUAAAGGGAUUGAAACGUUUGACUCUUGAUAGCUGCCGAUUUCUUCGUCGAUUACCGGAGAUUCUCGAGAAAGGACUUCCGAAUGAAAAUCCCGGGUUCACCAUUCAGUUUUCCACCUACUUUGACACUCAGAUGGUCGGCGAGAUGUUCGAGAACGAUGAGAGAGGAGUGAUCGAAGAAGAUGAGCUCCGUUUUCAGCAUUUAUACGAGCCGUUUAAGCGGUCAACUUUUCAGGGAUUCCACAGUUGCUCAAGUUAUCGAAAGUGGCUCGAUGAUGGGAAAUAUUUGGCGUUUUUUGGGGCUCUAGUAUCGGAUGAUCCGGUGAACGAGAGACCGCCUGGGUCGGUCUUCUUAGCGAAACUCCUCGAAUCUGGCGAUAAAUCGGAAAAA